AAACAAAUUUGCAGACUAUAAGCGUGCUCAGCGUUUUUCUGUUAUUGUGAUUUAGAAUACCACGCAGUCACUCACCAAAGAUAUUUUUCUAGCAGAGCCCAAACGCAUUUACUCUCAGGAUGAAGAUCAAUGUGGAUGGCCUGUUGGUGUAUUUUCCAUUUGACUACAUUUAUCCAGAGCAGUAUAUGUAUAUGUUGGAGUUGAAGCGGUCUUUAGAUGCAAAAGGUCACUGUGUGCUGGAAAUGCCUUCAGGAACAGGAAAGACAGUCACAUUGCUAUCCCUCACUGUAGCCUAUAUGAAGGCUUAUCCUCUUGAUGUCACUAAGGUAAUCUACUGUUCUAGAACAGUACCAGAAUUAGAAAAGGUGAUAGAGGAAUUGAAGAAUCUGAUGCAGUACUAUGAGAGAGAGGCUGGGGAAGAUCGACCUAAGAUAAUGGCUCUUGCCCUCAGUUCAAGGAAAAAUCUCUGCAUUCAUCCCGGGGUAAGCCAGAACCAAGAUGGUAAGACAGUAGACAGUAACUGCCACCAGUUGACAGCCACACACGUUCGGAUGAGACACAAGAGAGACCCAGAGAAUGUCCCCUCUUGCAGUUUCUAUGAGAAAUUUGACAUGAAUGGAAGAGAAGUCCCCUUACCUGAAGGAGUGUAUGGUUUGGAUGAGCUCAAAGAUUAUGGAAGACGUCGUGGCUGGUGUCCUUAUUUUCUUGCAAGAUAUGCAAUUUCCCAUGCAAACAUUAUAGUAUACAGCUACUACUACCUGUUGGACCCUAAGAUAGCAGACUUGGUGUCCAAGGAACUAUCAAGGCAAUCCAUAGUCAUAUUUGAUGAAGCACAUAAUAUAGAUAAUGUAUGUAUAGAGUCUAUGAGUGUAACGAUCAGCAGACGAAUGCUGGACAAAUGUUCCCAGAAUAUAGAAGCCCUGACUAAACACAUCAACAGAAUAAAAGAUUCGGACACUGAUCGCCUUCAGGACGAGUAUAGGAGAUUGGUGGAUGGUCUAAAGGAAGCACAUAUCAACCGAGAAACAGAUGUUGUUCUCUCCAAUCCUGUACUACCAGAUCAAAUUCUCCAAGAGGCUGUGCCGGGUAACAUCAGGAAUGCUGAGCACUUCCUGGCCUUUAUGAAGAGAUUCCUGGAGUACAUGAAGAUCCGGUUGCGAGUACAGCAUGUUGUGUCAGAAAGUCCACCAUCAUUCCUAAAGGACUGCUCACAAAAAGUCUGCAUUGAUCGUAAACCACUCCGGUUUUGUGCUGAGCGACUGAGAUCCCUACUUAGAACACUAGAAAUCAUUGACCUCCAGAACUUCACACCUCUCACCGUCAUAUCUCAUUUUGCUACACUAGUCAGCACCUACACAAAAGGCUUCUCUCUCAUCAUUGAGCCAUUUGAUGAACGAACACCAACCAUAUCCAACCCCAUCCUAAACUUUAGCUGUAUGGAUGCUUCCAUUGCCAUCAAGCCUGUGUUUGAUCGGUUCCAGUCUGUAGUAAUCACGUCUGGGACUCUGUCACCACUUGACAUGUAUCCUAAGAUCUUGGACUUCCGACCAGUGACCAUGGCAUCGUUCUCUAUGACAUUGGCCCGAACCUGUAUAUGUCCUAUGAUUGUUAGCAAAGGAAAUGACCAAGUAGCCAUGAGUACAAAGUUUGAAACCAGGGAAGACAUAGCCGUAAUUCGUAACUAUGGUAACCUUUUGGUAGACUUUUCUGCAAUAGUUCCUGAUGGGAUUGUGUGUUUUUUCACCAGUUAUGUCUAUAUGGAAUCUACAGUGGCCUCCUGGUAUGAACAGGGGAUCAUUGACCAGGUACAGAAACACAAACUGUUGUUUAUAGAGACCCAGGAUGGUGCAGAGACAACACUGGCCUUACUCAACUAUCAAAAGGCUUGUGAGAAUGGCCGUGGAGCGGUGUUGCUGUCAGUGGCGAGAGGCAAAGUUUCAGAAGGAAUUGAUUUUGAUCAUCACUUCGGGCGUGCUGUAAUCAUGUUUGGUGUGCCAUACGUCUACACACAGAGCAGGAUUCUCAAGGCUCGACUCGAGUACCUUCGAGAACAGUACCAGAUCCGGGAGAACGACUUCCUGACAUUUGAUGCCAUGCGACAUUCUGCUCAGUGCCUAGGUCGUGUGCUCCGAGGAAAGACUGAUUAUGGUGUAAUGGUGUUUGCUGACAAGAGGUUUGCCCGUGCUGACAAGCGUGGAAAGUUACCUCGCUGGAUGCAGGAGAACCUGUCAGACAACCUGUGUAACCUGUCCACAGACGAAGCUGUACAGGUGUCCAAACGAUUCCUCCGACAGAUGGCCCAGCCCUUCAGCAGGGAGGACCAGCUUGGACUGUCUCUACUUACAUUGGAACAGCUGCAGUCAGAGGAGAUGCAGAAGAAGAUACAGCAGAAAAUGGCCCUUGUCAGUUGAUAUGGCCACAGGAUAGUGCUACAUGAUCAAGCAACAGACCAUAUCAGUUUAUAAUUCUACAUGAUCAGAUGAUCGCUGUAUCAGUUUAUAAUACUACAUGAACAGACGAUCCCCCUGUAUCAGUUUAUAAUACUACAUGAUCAGAUGAUCCCCGUAUCAGUUUAUAAUACUACAUGAUCAGAUGAUCUCCCGUAUCAGUUUAUAAUACUACAUGAUCAGAUGAUCUCCUGUAUUAGUUGAUAAUACUACAUGAUCAUAUGAUCCCCGUAUCAGUUGAUAGCACUACAUGAUCAGACGACCCCCUGUAUCAGUUUAUAAUACUACAUGAUCAGAUGAUCCCCUGUAUUAGUUGAUAAUACUACAUGAUCAGAUGAUCGCUGUAUCAGUUGAUAAUACUACAUGAUCAGAUGAUUCCCUGUAUCGGUUGAUAAUACUACAUGAACAGAUGAUCCCCCCGUAUCAGUUGAUAACCUCCUUUAUCAUACAAUACUUGUUUAAAAGUAGGCAAUAUUACAUGUUUGUGUUGUAUGUAGCCAGGUCAGUGUAUGCCUCAGGUUCGGAUAGUGUUUAUAUUGUUCAGAUAAAACUCUUAAAUGUUUGUAGAUAAUUGUGUGGUUCAUUGGCCUGGCUUCAGAGGUUUGUGUAUGACUCAGGAGUUGCUCCAGUUCAGAUGGUGUUUGUUAGACUCAAAUGGUGCAUAUGUCUGACUUGAGUGUUGGAGAGAGUGUGGAUGCCUUAACGGUUCUGAUGGUGUGCUUUAUAAGGAUUUUUGUUGAGAGGUUGGUUAAGUGUAAAAGGUAUCUGGUACCGAACAGGAUACUUGUGAGAAUUGGUGUUUUGAAGUUUCAGUGAAACUGAUUGGAGAAUUUGUUUUGAAGUUGUUUUUUUGUGAGACUGAUGUGAGAACUGGUGCAUUAAGUUGUUUUUGUGAGACUGAUGUGAGAACUGGUGCAUUGAAAUUGUUUUUUGUGAGACUGAUGUGGGAACUGGUGCAUUGAAAUUAUUUAUGUGAGAACUGAUGCUUUGAAGUUAUUUUUGUGAGACUGUCCAUUGGAUGGACUUAGUUAUAUUUCUGAUAUCCGACAUUAAAUAUACUUCACAUUUGCUAGA